UGACGGCGGCGUCGUUUGACGUUCGGAGGCGUCGGAGGAGGAAGAAGAAGGGACGGUGGCGGCUGCCGCAGCGGCUGCGACGCGGUCCGUGGCGGGCCCCGCGGUCGCGGCUGCAGAGUGAGGCGCGCGGGCGGCGGGGCCGGUGGGCGGGGCGGCGGGCCCAGCGGCCCCUCCCGCGCCGCGCCCGCGCCCGGCGGCCCGAUGUGGCUGCAGCAGCGGCUCAAGGGGCUGCCGGGGCUGCUGUCGAGCAGCUGGGCCCGCCGCCUGCUCUGCCUGCUCGGCCUCCUGCUGCUGCUCCUGUGGUUCGGCGGCUCCGGGGCGCGGCGCGCGGCGGGCGGCCUGCACCUGCUGCCCUGGGCCCGCGGCCCGCCGGGCGCCGCCGCGCCGUCCGCCUGCCUGGAGGCGGCCACCCGCGCCUGGCGCGGCCUGCGGGAGCGCGGCGAGGCGGUGCCGCCGGGCCGCGGGGUGCCGGCCCUGGUGGCCAACGGCUUCCUGGCCCUGGACGUGGCCGCCAACCGGCUGUGGGUGACGCCCGGCGAGCGGGAGCCCGCCGUGGCGCCGGACUUCGUGCCCCUGGUGCAGCUGCGCCCGCUGAACGCGCUCUCCGAAGCCGGGGAGUCGGUGCUGCUGCUGCGUGAGGGGCUGCUGCGCCGGGUGCGCUGCCUGCAGCUGGGGGCCCCGGGGACCGGCGCCGCCGCCGCCGCCGCCCCCGGACCGGCCUCCGCCUCCGGCCUCGUCACGGGAGCCGCCCGCGACUGCGUGCUGCUGCAGGAGGACUUCCUGGCGCACCGGGGCCGGCCCCACGUCUACCUGCAGCGCAUCCAGCUCAGCAACCCCACGGAGCGCGUGGCCACGCUGCAGACGGUGGGGCCCACCGCCAGGCCGCUCCCCAGAGCCUACACCAGCACCCUGGAGAAGGCCGGAGACCAUCAGUUCCUUCUCUAUUCGGGCCUGUCCCCGCCCCUUCCCAAGGGGCAGGUGCACCUCGUGGUGGUGGCCGCCAAGAAGCUAGUGGACCGGCUCCAGGUGGCUCCCAAGACGCAGCUGGAUGAGACGGUGCUGUGGGUGGUGCACAUCUCAGGGCCGCUGAACCCGCAGGCGCUCAAAAGCAAAGCCGCCAAGGAGCUCAAGGUGCUGCAGGACUUGGCCCGGAAGGAGAUGCUGGAGCUCCUGGAGAUGCCCGCCGCCGAGCUGCUCCAGGACCACCAGCGCCUCUGGGCCCAGCUCUUCAGCCCAGGUGUGGAAAUGAAGAAGAUCACGGACGCCCACACCCCGUCUGGCCUGACCGUGAACCUGACCCUGUACUACAUGCUGUCCUGCUCAACAGCCCCCCUGCUCAGCCCCAGCCUGAGCCACAGGGAGCGGGACCAGAUGGAGUCGACGCUCAACUAUGAAGAUCACUGCUUCAGCGGCCACGCCACCAUGCACGCCGAGAACCUCUGGCCCAGCUGGCUGUCCUCCGUCCAGCAGAUCCUGCAGCUCUCCGACCUGUGGAAGCUGACGCUGCAGAAGCGCGGCUGCAAGGGGCUGGUGAAGGUGGGCGCCCCCGGCAUCCUGCAGGGCAUGGUGCUCAGCUUCGGCGGCCUGCAGUUCACCGAGAACCACCUGCAGUUCCAGGCCGACCCGGACGUGCUGCACAACAGCUACGCCCUGCACGGCAUCCGCUACAAGAACAACCACAUCAGCCUGGCCGUGCUCGAGGACCCCAGGGGCGAGCCGUACCUGCACGUGUCUGUGGACACCCACGGCCAGCCCGUCAAGAUCUACGCCUGCGAGGCGGGCUGCCUGGCGGAUCCCAUGGAGCUGACCUCGGACCCCGAGGGCCUCACCUUCCCCGUCAUGGUGACGCAGCCCAUCACGCCUCUGCUCUACGUCUCCACCGACCUCACGCACCUGCAGGACCUGCGGCACACGCUGCACCUCAAGGCCAUCCUGGCCCACGACGAGCACAUGGCCCAGCAGGACCCCGGCCUGCCCUUCCUCUUCUGGUUCAGCGUGGCCUCCCUCAUCACCCUCUUCCACCUCUUCCUCUUCAAGCUCAUCUACAACGAGUACUGUGGGCCUGGGGCCAAGCCCCUCUUCAGGAGUAAGGAAGAUCCCAGUGUCUGAGUGAACCAACAGCCCUGCUUUCAGCCACCCCUGGCACAAGACACCCAGCACUGACACUCCUGCUGCAGCGAACAAGGGAUCCUUUGAAAGCACCCGCCCUUUUGUGCCUUGUUGGGACAGCAGUGAUGCAGAAGCGCGUGUGGAUGUUCAGGAGUUCGCACUGGGGAGCGGGGGAGCGGCCAGUGGGCUUUUGUAAGCUUUCCACUCAAUAAAAUGAACCCACGUGGGAAAUACUUGAAAUCGAACUCACUCCUUCCACUUUCCCCCUUUCCUCUGCCCAGGAACUAGACCCCUUUGGAAAAGACUCGUCUAGGAGAAUUGUGGGCUCUUUCCUAAUUUAAUGUGUUCCUUCUUAACUGGAUUUUUAAUUUAUUGCUGAGAUUUUGCUGAUGGCUUUUCCUUCCACUGUCGACAGUGAUUCCUGGUGGUGGUCUCUGAGCUUGCCGCAGGGCUGGCAUCCGCGUGGUGGCCUGCGUGGAGGGCUCGGCCCCGGGGCCCCCUCGGGUUUGCACAUGUCCCUUUGACGAUCUGUGUUUUGUAUUUCUGGGCUUCGGGGGAAGUGUUUAACUUUCUAGUGAUUGCUAAUUGUUGUUUUUGAAAUACCAAAGCUUUCUUUUGUUCCGUUUUUAAAUAAAUCUCUUUCAAACUUC